AUGACAGUAGCAGUAGCAUCCGGCAUGGACGUGGAUUCCAGCAACAGCGGCUUGGCCAAGUACUAUUCGUCCAAGAUUGUCGAGCUUCGAGAGACGGUCCAAGAACGCGAAUCGGAUCUGCAGCGUUUGAAAGCUCGACGAAAUGAACUGAACGCCAAAGUCCGAAUGCUGCGCGAGGAAUUGUACCAUUUGCAAGAGCCCGGCAGCUACGUGGGUGAAGUCGUCAAAGCCAUGGGGCAGAACAAGGUGCUGGUCAAAGUCCAUCCCGAGGGAAAGUACGUGGUGGAUCUGGACAAUAUCGAUAUCAACGAGAUGCAGCCCAACACCCGAGUUGCCCUCCGCAAUGACUCGUACACACUGCACAAGAUUCUCCCCACCAAGGUGGAUCCAUUGGUCAGUCUCAUGAAGGUAGAAGCUGUGCCAGACUCCACCUAUGACAUGAUUGGAGGACUAGAGAAACAGGUCAUGGAAAUCAAGGAAGUCAUUGAAUUGCCCAUCAAACAUCCAGAGCUGUUCGAGUCGUUGGGAGUGGCUCAGCCCAAGGGAGUCCUGCUCUAUGGACCCCCAGGAACGGGCAAAACACUACUGGCCCGUGCCGUGGCCCAUCACACCGAUUGUACCUUUAUUCGUGUCAGUGGAGCCGAAUUGGUACAAAAGUACAUUGGAGAGGGUAGUCGCAUGGUCCGUGAGUUGUUUGUCAUGGCGCGUGAAGCCGCUCCCAGUAUCAUUUUCAUGGAUGAAAUUGAUUCCAUUGGGUCUUCUCGGGGCGGAGGUGAAGGCGGAGGCGGCGGUGGCGACUCGGAAGUCCAACGUACCAUGUUGGAAUUGCUCAAUCAACUCGAUGGCUUUGAACCCGCACAAAACAUCAAGGUCAUUAUGGCCACCAAUCGUAUUGAUAUCUUGGAUUCGGCGUUGCUACGACCCGGACGAAUCGACCGAAAGAUUGAAUUCCCCAAUCCAAAUAUCGAGAACCGAAAAGCCAUUAUGAAGAUUCACUCGCGCAAGAUGAACUUGCUCCGAAAUAUCGAUCUCACGUCCAUUGCGGAAAAAAUGAAUGCGGCCAGUGGAGCCGAGUGUAAGGCCGUCUGUACGGAAGCGGGUAUGUUUGCGCUUCGAGAACGACGGGUGCACGUCACACAAGAGGACUUUGAAAUGGCAGUGUCCAAGGUAAUGAAGAAAGAGGGGGAUUCCAAUGUCAGUUUGCAACGAUUGUGGAAGUAA